GUCAAACGCCCAUUCCAACUUUUUUUAUUUAUUUUUGUUUGGAUUUGAAAAUUAACCUGGCGAUAAUUUAAAAAUAAAACGAGUUUCUUUUUCUUUGUAGUUUGUAAGCAAUGAAAUAAUUAUUUAAGCCUCUAAAUAAAUUCAACCAUGUUCAAUCCAAAAAAUAAUCUGGAUUGGGAAGCUAGCAACAGGCAGAUGGUCGCCGAAGGCACCCAAGUACUGGAAAGAACUGGCGAAAGUAUAGCCAGAUCGCAUCAAAUUGCCAUCGAAACUGAAAAUAUAGGUACCGAAGUGAUAUCGGAAUUGGGAGAACAAAGAGAGGCCUUGUUAAGGACCAGAGGACGGCUGGAAGAUGCGAAUAGUCAACUGGACAGUGCCAAAUCGAUUAUUACUAAAAUGGGUCGGAAUAUUUUGUAUAAUAAGCUCAUAUUGAUUAUGAUUAUUGUUUUGGAAAUUAUUAUAUUGGCUACAUUGACAUAUCUUAACUUUUUCAAUAAAAAGUAGUGCCCUGUCUGUUGCUAACAAGAUCAAUGUUCCUACUCUUUAAUACCUUUAAGUACAGAAUAAGUCAACAAAAGGAAUAGGUACUUAUAAAUACAGUAGAACCCUAGUUAUCCAAGGUAACGUGGGGGGGUCCUUGUCUGAUAAAGGAAAACUCGGAGAAUUGGAAUUUACAUCUAGAGCUGAGAUAAUUGAGACUUGGAUAAUCUGGGUUCUACUGUAUAUCAGUUGUUAAAUCCUAAUUUUCAUGUAGCCAUUCAUUUUCAAACCCAACUGAAUUGUGAUAAUAAAAUUGUAUACAUAUUUAACUUAAGGCAUUUUAACAAUUUUUUACCCAUUUUAUUAUUUAAUCAUAGUCAUGUAUAGAGUAGAAAUCAAACGAGAAGAAGCCACACACGUUAUCGUUUGUCUCACUUCAUAUGGGACGGACCCAGAGAAAAGGAAAUCUGCUUUCUUUGUCAGCGCUAACAACAGUGGCUUCUUCUCGUUUGAUUUUUUCUCUAAUAAUGUUCAAUAUAGAACAUAAUAAUUAUAAAUGUUAUAUAUUUAUGUUAUAUAUUUACUUGAAUGAUACUUUUUCAAAUAUUUGUGUUUAUUGUUUUAUUUAGACUAGAAAUACAUCCGCUAUUAUUUUAUUUUUUGUCGACUUAUUUGAUUAUUAAAUAUUUUUAGUUAUCAUUCUUUAACAUAA